AUGUCGUUGAAACAGGAGAUUGAGACCUGGGUCGCGGCCCUAGGUCGUUACGACAACAAUGAGUUCGACGAUGCCCUUGGAGAGUUUGACAAGAUCGCCGACACGAGCAAGAUUCUCUUCAACAUGGGUGUCAUCCAUGCCACUCUGGGCGAGCAUGAGAAAGCAGUCGAGUGUUACCAACGAGCCAUCCGACUGGAUCAGUACCUAGCUGUUGCCUACUUUCAGCAGGGCGUCUCAAAUUUCUUGCUUGGCGAUUUCGAAGAGGCCUUGGCCAACUUCAACGAUACCCUGCUGUAUCUCCGAGGUAACAGCGUGAUCGACUAUGCCCAACUGGGUCUUCUCUUCAAGCUAUACUCGUGCGAGGUCCUAUUCAACCGAGGAUUAUGCUACAUCUACCUACAGCAGAAGGAGGCCGGUAUGCAAGAUUUGGCGUAUGCCGUUAAGGAAAAGGUCGUCGAAGACCACAACGUCAUUGACGAAGCUAUUCGAGAGGAGGCCGAGGGCUAUACCGUGUUUUCCAUUCCUGUGGGUGUCGUUUAUCGACCCAACGAAGCCAAGGUUCGCAACCUGAAGACCAAGGACUACCUUGGCAAGGCCAGAUUAGUUGCAGCCUCAGACCGAUCCAAUGCAUUCACCGGGUUCGCCGGUUCCGAGAUCAAGAAUGCCAAAUCGGAAGCCAAAGACGACCGACCGAGCGAAAACCUGUCCUUUGCGGCGACAAACCUGGUCAAGCCAGGCAUCCAAUCCCGAAGACAGCAGUCUGAACCGCCGACCAACCGCAAUAACUUUCCUCCCACACCUCCACCAGAGAACGACCGCCUCCCAUCUCGGGGUGCUUCUGUACGCAACUCUGGAGGGAGGGCGAACCCCGCGAAGCUUAGCAUCCAGACACAAGAGAGCAGCAGGAGGUAUGAGAAGGCUCCAUCUCCACAGGACCGCAUCCCGAAACACUCGCGCUCGGUAUCGGCUGCACCUGCCAGAGGCUUCUCCACUAGAGAGCCCUCUCGGAGACAGCGGGUUAUUGAAGAAGAAUCCCCAUACGGCGAUGAAUCGUACGAUGGGUAUGGUGAGAGCUCUCGGGGAAGCAAACAGUCUCGGUCUCGACGAUACGACGAUGACGAUGAAGGCUCGGAUUAUGACUACGGGUCUUUCGACGAGGGCGAGUUCGAGAUGGUAUCCAAUAUUCGGGUCAAGGUUCAUGCAGACGAUGUGAGGUAUAUCAUGAUUGGUACAUCGAUCGAGUUUUCGGACUUUGUGGAUCGCAUCCGGGACAAGUUUGGGCUGCGAAAGCGAUUCAAGAUCAAGAUGAAGGAUGAAGAUGUCCCAGACGACAUGAUUACGAUGGGCGACCAAGACGACUUGGACGUGGCCAUCCAGAGCGCAAAGAGCCUUGCAAAGAGACAGAGGCUGGAUGUUGGCAAGAUGGAGGUUUGGGUCAUCGAAGUUUAA